AUGGGCAGAGCAGUGAGGCAAAAGGAGUACAUCAACAUGCUAAGAUACGUGGCCGAUUCAGAAUACGGGAUUCCGAAAAGGUAUGCGUGCGGUGGGAGAAUGAUUGACGAGGUUCGGGAGAACGAGGAGUACGACACUCUUCCUGGGAAGCGUUUCUUUACCUGCAAAAACUACGAGGCUGAUGGGUUACAUUAUCGUCAGCUUUGGGUGAUAGGUGUCCAGGAGGAAAUCAAACGCCUCACUAAGCGGGUGGAAAAGGCUGAACAGGUGAUCAAACGUCUGACUAAGCGGGUGGAGGAGGCUGAGCAGGUGAUCACGGGGGUGUCGAAUCUCAAUAAACAGAUUGAGACACUGGAGGUGUGCAAGUUUGUGGGAAGCUAUGAGGCCGCUUUGAAGGAGCAAGCUAGUGGCCAAAAUGAGAAUGAUGUCAUGAAGGCUGCCCAUGACAUCUUCUUAAAUGACUACCAGGCCAAGUUCAGCCUUGAACAUGCGUGGAGGGAACUUAGGUUUGAUCAGAAAUGGAGAUCAAACUGUCUGUCCAGAGAUGGUGUAAAGGACAAAAAGAAGGAAGCUGCGGGUAUGGUGCCUGACGAGGAAGAGGUUAGGCCUCCUGGUGUUAAGGCUUGCAAAGCAGCCAAACGCAAGAAGCAUGGGAAAGAAGCAGCUUUUGAUCAACUACACAGCAUGCUUGUUGUGAAAGAAAACAUAGGCAAACAGAAACUUCUUGAUCGUCUCCUUGCCCGAAAAGAUACACUCUCUGAUAUAGAAGUGUCUCUGAAGAACAAACUCGUUUCUGAAAUGCUAUGA